AUUUCAUCCAAAUCAGGAUGCUGUAAAAAGUGGAAGGGUUGAAAAGACUAGGGAAAAUGGACGUUCCUACCUUCAAUUAACAGUGGUUGGACGUUGCUACUUGCUAGUGUUCUCGGCUUUUCUAAAUACCAACUUCAAGUAUCGUCUGAAAACUGUACCCAUCUUCAACAAAGUUGAAACAUGGCGAAUUUGUUGUUAAUGCCGUUUGAGAUUAAGAAGGAAAAGUCAAAGGAUGAAUUUAUCGUACGUGAUCAUCCCAGUACGGUCAUCGAAACCCCGUCAAUAUCUAACUAUGUUGACCUACCUGACACUUCCUACAUCCUCGAUCUGCCAUCAGAAACAAUUAAUAGCGGAGGCCUAUCUGCCAUCCAGUUAGAAACCAUCAUCUACUCGUGUCAGAGACACGAACAAAAAUUGUCUGACGGUUCUCGAGCUGGAUACCUCAUCGGAGACGGAGCCGGUGUUGGUAAAGGUCGGAUCGUAGCUGGCAUCAUCUUUGAAAAUUUCAUUCGUGGACGUAAGAAAUCAAUUUGGUUCUCAAUUUCAACUGACCUCAAGUACGACGCUGAACGUGAUUUGCGGGACAUCGGAUGUGGCGACAGGAUUGCAGUUCAUGCUGUAAACAAAUUGAAGAAUUCCAAAGCCCUUGCCGAUGUCACUGCGUCGACAAAAGAAGGCGUCAUUUUCUGUACUUACUCUGAUUUAAUUAACGAGUUGAGUUCCUCAAAAAAAAGAUUAUUGUGCCUUGAACAACUGCUCAAAUGGUGUGGGCCAAAUUUCGACGGCGUCAUUGUUUUUGACGACUGUCACCUUACGAAUGACCUCAAUUUCAGCGGUUCGACUAAUAAGAAGAAAAUUGAAUUGGCUGUCUUACAAUUGCAAAAUAAGUUGCCAAACGCAAGGAUCGUCUACAUUUCUACAACCGCCGUUUCGGAACCCCACAGCAUGGCAAGCAUGGUUCGUCUAGGUCUUUGGGGUCAGGAUACGCCAUUCAAAGACUUCGGAGAAUUUCUCGAAAAUGUGAAGAAUUUUGGUGAGAUUGCCGGGGAUAUGAUAGCCAUGGAAAUGAGGCAACGGGGAUCGUACGUAAACCGUCAACUUUCUUUCAAGGAUGUCACGUACCAAGUGGUGGAAGUCUGCCAAUUGCCGAAAUUCAUCACAACCUACGACAGUUCUGCUAAACUUUGGCUUCAUCUGCAACAGUCUUUUACAGAAGCAGCUGAACUUAUGGAUUUAGGCCCGAUGGCACAAAAGAUUAUGUGGACUCAUUUUUGGUCAGCGCAUCACAAAUUUUUUAAAUGUCUGUGUAUGUCCGCCAAAGUAACACAUGCCGUCAAGUUGGCUAGUGAAGCUGUCAAAAGCGGCGAAAGCGUUGUCAUUGGGCUUCAAUCAACAGGAGAAGCUUACACCCUUCAGAAAAUUCCGGACGACGGAUCUGCAAUGCCAAAUUUCGUUUCACCUGCUAAAAUUGUUAUGCUGUCAUUGGUUGAAAAAUACUUUCCAGCUUCCGAUAGUUUCCAAUUGCUAGCAGCUCCAAACAGCAAAGGAACCGUUGGAGGUAAAAGAAAAUCUGUGAGCAAUCCCGUUGGAACCCCCAAAAGGAUAAAACAAGAAUCAACUGACGAUCCAUCGUAUUGCGAAAUAAUUGACAGCAGUGAUGCAUCUGCUCCGGUAUUUGACUACCAUUCAGACUCCGAAGCCGAUCUUAACCUAAAAGACGAAGCGGCAGUUGAAUACAGGAGGAUUAAACUUGAAAAGACAUCGUUAAUCAGACAACGACUUCUAGAAAAAAUCGAAGAGCUGGGAACUGUACUUCCACCAAAUUGGAUUGAUCAACUCGUCGAUGAAUUCGGAGGCCCAAAGAAUGUGGCCGAAAUUUCUAGUCGGAAGGGCCAUCUGGUCCAGAAAAACAAUGGCAUGGUCCAAUACGAGCCGCGCUCCGAAAAAGAUAUCCCAUUAGAUUUAAUCAACAUUCGUGAAAGGGAGCGUUUUAUGAACGGGGAAAAGAAAAUUGCCAUCGUUUCUGCAGCUGCCAGCUGUGGAAUUUCUCUUCAUGCUGACAGACGAGCGAAAAAUCAGAGCCGUCGAAUUUACAUUUCGCUAGAAUUGCCGAAUAGCGCUGAGCUCGCUCUGCAGCAAUUCGGUUGUACUCAUCGCAGUAAUCAAGCGAAAGCUCCGGAAUUCAUUUUUCUUGUUCCUGAAUUGGCUGGGGAGAGACGAUCCGCAUUGAUCGUAGCUAAUCGUCUUCAAUUCCUGGGCGCCUAUAGAAAUCAAAGAUUAGAUGAAGGCUCCACUGAAUUCGAAGAAACUAGUGAUUAUGACUCUGCGGUACUCGAUGCCAUUAACGUUAUUAUGGGCCAAAAAUCACCCGUUAUUCCACUCCCUGUUGAUUACAAAGAUAUCAGAGCAGCACUAACUAAAGUUGGCCUCGGAUCAUCCAACAUACUGCCUCAGAUUAAUGAUGGUGUUCCAGAGAUGCUUAAUCGGAUUUUGGGUAUCCCUGUUGAUCUUCAAGCCAAUCUAUUGGAGUACUGCAAUUGCGUUCGAUCAAUGAUCAGCAACCAGGAAAAAAUGGACGGAGACAAUGGCGUGAAGAUUCUUCAUUUGGGAUUUAACAAAUGUGUCCAUCAUAGAAAAGUUCUGAAAUUAACCUACCAAACCUCAAAAAAUCCUAUCGCUCCGGCUAAGAUUGAUCUACAUGAAAUUGAAGUUGAUAGUGGCAUGGAUUGGAGAACAGCAGAGGAAAAAUGGCUUCCGAAGUCUGGACAAGCAGAUGAAGGGAUUUACUUAUCUAAAGAGAAAGCCUAUGAUAAAAGGGACAUUAUGCUUGUCAGAAGACUUAAAAUUGUUGGUGAUGGAGACAAGGGAGAUUUAAAAUAUACCGUGAUACGACCUAGUACAGGAGUGCAAUUACUACCACAAUCUUUGGCUGAAAUUACCAAAAAAUACAUCCCUCAAAUCAGUUUGCCGAAACUGGCGAAGAUUGAACCAAAGUGGUUGUGGGAUUUUCAUUACAACGCUUCAAAAAAUGUUUGUAUUCACGACUACUGGAUUAAAAAAAACACCUGGAAGCACAAAAAAAAUAAGGCCCGAAAUAAGGGCCCCGAAGGAUGCCAAGAAGGUUUGCGAUCAUGUGCAACGUACAAGCUUUUGGCUGGAUCGAUAUUUCUCGUUUGGAAAGAAAUCGAAUCCAUUUUAAAGAAAAACAAUCCACAGUGGAAAAUGCAGAUUGCCCACGUACUUGUGGGAAAUAGCAACAUUGUCGGCAUUGUCAUCCCAGACAAUUGCGAGUCUCAACUAAUAACCUGUCUUACAAAAUAUUAUUCAAAAUUUUAAUUGCAUUAUGCAUUAAGGACCCCCCAGCAGGGAUACAGCAAAGUUUUGUGCGAAGGACAAAGCGGGCAUCCAAAUUGAAGAUUACAAGUUAUAUUGCACCGUUUGAUAAAAAUAAUUUUCAACCUAGUUAACAAAGUUCUAAAGUUCUCGUCAUGUUUUUGUUCUCAGUAGAAUUUGCGCUUUGCAAAAUCAUCUGCAAAGCAGUCCAAUGUUGAGUUAUUUUUUGUUUUACAAACAUCACAUUUCGCAGUCGUCUUCUGCGUCUUCUUCAGUUCUCCAGGGAAAUCACGUAUUGUAUUCUUUUGAUUACCUGAAUAAAUACUACUUGUUCUUCCGGUCUUUUAACUGGUUUA